GCCAAUUCGGUAACAGAACCCAAGGCAAGCGGUUCAUCAUGGUGCAGUUGGUGCUGCUGUUGCUGCUACUCCUACUGACUGCAGGCUGCUGCACUCUGGCCAGCGCCCAGGAGCCGCUCAAGAUAACCUUCUGGAUAGAGCCCUUGCAGCGUGCGGAGUUCGAUGCGGAUAUGGUGGUGGUGCUCAAGGAGCUGGAGGGCAUGCGCCUGGACAUCAAGGUGUCCGACGUCUCCAUGCCAUUGACACGCUCCAAAGAUGGCAGCGAUAUGCAACGCUUCUGUGAGAUCUUAGCCAGCGAGGGUGCCAGCAUCGUUAUAGAUCUCACGUACAGCCACUGGCCGGAGGGCUACAGUCUGGUGCGCGCCCGGGGCAUUGGCUAUGUGCGGCUGGAGCGGAUGCUGCGGCCCUUUCUGGAGAUGCUUGGCGCCUUCAUGCGCCAGAAGCGAGCCAACAAUGUGGCGAUGGUAUUCCAGAAUGCACGCGACGCCGAGGAGGCCAUGCAGCAGAUGAUCAUCGGCUAUCCCUUUCGCACGCUGAUCCUCGAUGCCAGCUCGAGCGACAAUCCGCGGGGGGACUUUGUGCAGCGCAUUAGAGGCCUGAGGCCCACGCCCAACUACGUGGCCCUGUUUGCCCGUGGUGCGGCCAUGAAUGCACUCUUCGAUCGGGCGCAGAAGGGCGGCAUAUUUGAGCGACCCACCGAAUGGCAUUUCGUUUUUCUGGACACGCGCGAUCGGGUCUUCAAGUACAAGCGGCAGGCGGAGCUGGCCAAUCGCUUUACGCUGAAUGCUCGUGCCAUAUGCAGGUCCAUGCCCAUGCCGGAUCUAUACUGCGGCAGUGGAUUCACAUUGCAGCGGGCCAUGCUGCUGAAUGUCCUUAGAAGUCUGAUCAAUGCGGCUCAGGUGAGUCCGGAGAUGCCGCAGCCCAUCUACGUGGAGUGCAAUGGCACUUCCUCCGACGCCUCGCUGGAGCUGGUCACAGCAGAGCCCGAACUCGAGCCCCAGACCCAGCCGCAGCCGCAGCUCGAGUCCCAGACCGAAACAGAGUCUCCUGGCUCCUGGCUGGACUGGGUGCACUGGAGCAACUUUCUGACCUUUGCACCGCCCGAGGAACGGUAUCCGGACGAACUGGAGCCGGGCCAGCCCACGGCAGUGGUCCUGCCGGCGCUCACCUUUGCGGCAAACAUCUCCGCCGGCUACUACUCCAGCGAGCAUGAGGCCAAAACGGACCUGGCCGUGUGGUCGACCCUGGGCGGUGGCACGUUGCGCCUGCUCAACGAGACGGUCAGUCCGGCGCGUCGCUUCUUUCGCAUUGGCACCGCCGAGAGCAUGCCCUGGAGCUACCUGCGGCGCAGCGAGCGAACCGGCGAGCUGCUGCUCGACCGCAAGGGCGCCCCCAUCUGGGAGGGCUACUGCAUCGACUUCAUCCAGCGGCUCUCGCAGAAGCUCAACUUUGAGUACGAGAUCGUGGCCCCCCGGACGGGGCACAUGGGCGAGCUGAGCGCGGACAAUGAGUGGGACGGGGUGGUGGGGGAUCUGGUGCGCGGCGAAACGGACAUUGCCAUUGCCGCCCUCAAGAUGUACUCGGAGCGGGAGGAGGUCAUCGACUUCCUGCCGCCCUACUACGAGCAGACGGGCAUCUCGAUUGUCAUCCGGAAGCCCGUCCGCAAGACGUCGCUGUUCAAGUUCAUGACCGUCCUGCGGCUGGAGGUGUGGCUGAGCAUUGUGGCCGCCCUGGUGGGCACGGCCUUCAUGAUCUGGUUCAUGGACAAGUACUCGCCGUACAGCUCGCGGAACAACCGGGCCGCCUAUCCGUAUGCCUGCCGUGAGUUUACGCUGCGCGAGAGCUUCUGGUUCGCCCUCACCUCGUUCACGCCGCAGGGCGGCGGCGAGGCGCCCAAGGCCAUUUCGGGCCGCAUGCUGGUUGCAGCCUACUGGCUGUUCGUGGUCCUCAUGCUGGCCACAUUUACGGCCAAUCUGGCCGCCUUCCUUACGGUGGAGCGCAUGCAGACGCCGGUGCAGUCGCUGGAGCAGCUGGCCCGCCAGUCGCGCAUCAAUUACACGGUCGUCAUGGAAUCGGACACGCAUCAGUACUUCAUCAAUAUGAAGUUUGCGGAGGACACGCUGUACCGCAUGUGGAAGGAGCUGGCGCUGAAUGCCUCCAAGGACUUUAAGAAGUUCCGCAUCUGGGACUAUCCGAUCAAGGAGCAGUACGGCCACAUCUUGCUGGCCAUCAACAGCUCGGGCCCGGUGAUGGAUGCCCGCCAGGGCUUCGCCAACGUGGAUGCCCACGAGAAUGCCGACUAUGCGUUCAUCCAUGAUGCGGCGGAGAUCAAGUACGAGAUAACCAGAAACUGCAACCUGACGGAGGUGGGCGAGGUGUUCGCCGAACAGCCGUAUGCGGUGGCCGUCCAGCAGGGCAGCCACUUGGGGGACGAGCUCAGCUACGCCAUACUGGAGCUGCAGAAGGAUCGCUUCUUCGAGGAGCUCAAGGCCCGCUACUGGAAUCAAUCGAAUCUCCGCAAUUGUCCGCUCUCCGAGGACCAGGAGGGCAUCACCCUGGAGAGUCUGGGCGGUGUGUUCAUAGCCACGCUCUUUGGCCUGGUGCUGGCCAUGAUCACCCUUGGCCUGGAGGUGGUCUACUUUAAAAAGCGCAACGACACCUUGGAGGCUCAGGCCAUCACUCAGGUGAAACCCAUUCGGGCGGCUACCGAUACUGAUGCAGAAACUGCUCCUGUCACGGCCACAAAGAAGGGCGCCUGGCAUAUACCACUGGAUGUGCACAGAUCGGCCAAGAUAACGCCGCCGCCCUCGUUCGAGGCGGCCACAUUUCGGGGCAAAAAGGUGCCGCCAAAGGUAAUGCUGGGCGAUGGCAAGUUCAAGCCGCGCCUGGGUCUGCAGCCGCGUCGCAAGUUAGGAGCCCUCGAUGCCCCCCCAAUGGCUUACAUGGAAUGAGGGAGGGUCCGGCGGCAACGGCCGUUUGUUCGAUAUAAUGCAGCGCAGCAGCUCUAAGUCACAAGUUUGCGUUUAAUGCACGUAUUUCACUCGUACCGUACACUCCACUCGUAGAAUUUCAAUUUAAAAAACUUUAAAAUCAAAAAAAAACAUGUAUUCCUACAUAAAUAUACUGAAUAAGUACGGAUACACGGA